AUGCAGAGGUGGGCAGAUAGACUAUCAGCUGCUGCAGCCCUUGGGGACCUGGGGACUGCGAAGAUGAUUUUGGAGAACGGAACAAACCCAAAUGCCAUCAAUUCUUGCGGCAGGACCGCGAUUCAGGUGAUGAUGAUGGGCAGUCCAAAAAUGGCACAACUUCUGUUAGCUCAUUCUGCAGAUCCCAACAUGAGAGAUCCCAGAACUGGGAGGACCCCAGCUCAUGAUGCAGCAAGCGAAGGAUUCCUGGAUACUCUGGUAGUGUUGCUGAAAGGGAAUGCACAUAUUCACAUACCUGAUAUAUGGGGGAAGCUGCCAAUGGACCUGGCCUCUGACCAAAUGGUGGCUGACCUACAAUCAAGGGGCAUUCUGUCUUCUGCCAAACAUCUCAUAAUGCAAGAAACUAUGGGGAUUAUGUAUAAAUGUCAUGACCACUCCAUUUAAAU